AUGCACAGGCGGCCAAAGCAACCCUUGCUGGCCGCAGUCAAUUGUGCCACCGCUCGCUGGCUGCGGCCACGCCACCCGUUUGCAUCCCUUGCCGCGCUCCACUCGACGAUAGCAGGCGCCGCUCCCCAUAAUGGAAGCGCAGAUCGACCGAACGACGCCGGGACGCGGCCGACGAGCUCGAUUCACGCAGGGCUGCCGCGCGGCCCCGGACCUAGCUUUUCGCCGCUGUGCUCGUCGACACCUUCAGGUCUUGGUUCGGCCCACAUCCGCAGCUCCUCUUUGAGAGAUGAACCGUUUCCCCGCCUGAAAGCACGGCUGGCAUCGACGAUGGCCGAUGCGCCGACCGAGAGCGAGGCGGCCAUCCCGCGCAACGCGGUGGGCGUUCAGCUGCUGCCCGUCAAGCUGCACGCGCAGCUGUUCCCAAAGACGUCGGACCCCGUUCCGCCCGUCGACAAGCUCGCGCUCAGUAUCAGCAAGGACCACCUCAGUCAGCACGGUCUCAAGGCCAGCCAAGCCGCGACAUUACCGCAGACGUCGUUUGACCUGCCCGCUCUCCAGGGGCGGGACCUCGCUGAGCACUUCUGGACCAUCGGCCGGGAAGUGGCUCAGCCCUGGCUCGGAAUGGCGCACGAGCUCGCCUCUUUCCAGCUCGUCGAGCCCCCGGAAGAGAUCGACGAUGAAACGGCGCGCAACAUCGACGACUUCCGCUUCGACCCGGCAGAGUGGAUCAACCUCGACCCGUCUCUCCGCACGCCGGAUCACCUCAAGCCCAUCAGGUGGUCGCAGGCACCGGGAUGGACGCGCUACCCAAUCCUCCGCUCCGAAGACGGCACCGAAUCGGUGCUGGGCGCCGGCGAGAGCGUACCCUACCCGGACCAGGAGGACGACGCGCUCGUCUUUGACGUAGAGACCAUGGUCAGCGAAGGGCCCUACCCCGUCAUGGCCACCGCCGCCGGAAAGCGGGCCUGGUACAGCUGGCUCAGCCCGUGGCUCGUCGGGGAAGGCCCGGGGAAGGAUAGCAAACACCAUCUCAUCCCUCUGGGCCCCAGCGGGCCCGAUUCGCACCCGCGCCUGGUCGUCGGCCACAACGUCUCUUACGAUCGCGCCAGGACGCUCGAAGAGUACUCGCUCGACCUCGGCUCGACGCGGUGGCUGGACACCAUGAGCCUCCACGUCGCCACUCGCGGCAUCUCGUCACCGCAGCGGCCGGCCUGGAUGCAGCACAACAAGGCCAAGGCCGAGAAGCGAGCCAAGAAGCUGCUCCAGCAGAGCCAGCUGCGCGAAGAGACGCGCAGGGCCAUCGAGAACGCCCUCUCCGGCAUCGACUACGAUGCAGAGGAGCUCGAGGGCCUCAAGCUCGAGGCGCUGGACCAGGACAAGGAGGGCGAUGUAGGUUCGGGCGCCUCUGCCGAGGGGCAGGGUGACGCGGAAGGGCCAACCGAGGGUGAAGCGUCCCCCUUCGACCUCGAUCUCGACGGCAGCGACGACGCCGCCGCAGCCAACGCCGCGUCCAAAUCGACUUCUGCGUGGCUCGAGGAGACGUCGAAGAACUCGCUCGCCGACGUGGCCCGGCUGCACAAGGUCCAGCUCAAGGUGUCCAAGACGGCCCGCGACGCAUUCGUGGACGGCACGCCGCGAGAGGAAAUCCUCGCCAAGGUGCAGCACCUGCUAUCCUACUGCGCCUCGGACGUCCUGGCCACGCACCAGAUCUUCUGCAAGGUCUGGACCGACUUUGCCGAAAGGUGCCCGCAUCCCGCCACCGUGGCCGGCGUCUUGCACCUCGGCAGCACCCUCCUCCCGGUCGACGACGAGUGGCUCGACUACAAGGCUCGAUGCGAGCGACAGUUCAACGAGGUCAACAGCGCCGUCACAGAGUGCCUGCUGCAGCUCGCGGAAAAGCUCAAGGAGGAGGGGACUGCCGGCGUGUCGUGGUUGACUGCCGAGGCCAUCGCCGCCGAAAAGCAGCCGUCAGCGGAUGGGAAGCCAGGCUCUGGAGCAACGUCGCAGACAGCCCUCGACCGCCCGAGAGUGUGGUGGGAAGACGACCCGUGGUACUCGCAGCUGGACUGGACCCCAAAGAAGCCGAAAAAGGCCCGUCGCGCGCAGCCUGCGCAGGACGGUGAGGAGGUCGUCGCGGUGGCCAGCGCCUUCGAGGUGCCGGCAUGGUACCGCGACGCCGUCGUGCGGAACAAGACCAAGAGCGGAUUCGGGCCGAAGACGCUCGCGGCGCAGCAGCUGCUGCGCCUCCAUCUGGAUGGGGCGCCCCUGAUCCGCGAGGGCAAAAGCUGGACGACGGUACCCGUCGCCGGCAAGGGCGCCAUCGAAAUCACGGGCAACAUUCUCGGCGCACCCUCGCUGAAGAAGCACGGCGCGGUCCUCGAGAGCCGGGCAGGUUCAGCCGGCGAGCGCGUGCUGGCGGCCAUCAAGGGCGAGCUGGAUCUCGACGACGACGAGGUCGCCGCCCUGCUGCGGGAGGUCGCCGAAGCGGCAAAGGCGCUGGACCUUCAGACCGCCGCCAAGGAUGUGCAGCUGUCGCAGCUCGACUGGAGCCCCAAGGAGCUUCGACGCGACGAGUUGAUGGCCACGACCGCUGCUGCCGCCGCUGCGUCACUGAGCCCAUCGCCGGACGGUUCCGGUGCCGACGUCGUCGUCGCGGCGGAGCCAGAGUGGUGGCCCAAGUGGUUUUGGGACCUGGUCAAGAGCUCGACGGGCGAAUUGGCGGUGACGAUCCGCUCGGCCGUCGCGCCGCUGCUGCUCAAGGUCUCGUGGCGAGGCUGCCCCCUGUUUCGCAGCCGUGAGCACGGCUGGACCUAUCGCCUCAACGCGGACGAGAUGCGCGGCUUCGUCACGCGCCAGAAGCCGUUGGCAUUCAAGCUGAUCGCCGACGAGCAUCUGCAGGCGCAGAUCGAUGCCAACUCCCCGAGCCAGCCGUGGCCCAAGGGCCGGGGCGCACCCAAGACCCCCCCGUCGCUCGAUUCGGGCAUCCACUUCUUCAAGGUCCCGCACAGCGAGGGCGAGAGCGCCAACGUGGGCAGCCCCUUUGCGAAGAACUUCAUCCCCUACUUUGAGGACGGCACGCUGCAGAGCCAGCACCCGGACGAGAUCGGGCAGCGGGCGGCCAGGACGGCGCUGGAUCUCAACGCGCAGUGCAGCUACUGGAUCGCGGUGCGGGACCGCGUCGACAAGCAGAUGGUAGUGUGGGACGGCGAGGCGGGCACGCGGAUGGGCUACGGGCCGGGCGUCAGCGGGGCACGCAGCGAGAGGCCGGGCGAGGCGGAGCGUGCCAAGGGCCUGAUCCUGCCGCAGGUCGUCAGCAUGGGCACCGUUACGCGCCGCGCCACUGAAAACACCUGGCUGACCGCCUCCAACGCCAAGAAGAACCGGCUCGGCUCGGAGCUCAAGGCGAUGGUCAAGGCGCCGCCCGGGUACAGCCUGGUCGGUGCCGACGUCGACAGCGAGGAGCUGUGGAUCUGCAGCGUCAUGGGCGACGCCCAGUUCGGCAUCCACGGCGCCACAGCCAUCGGCUGGAUGACGCUCGAGGGCACCAAGGCCCACGGCACCGACCUGCACAGCAAGACGGCGAGCAUCCUGGGCAUCAGCCGCAACCAGGCCAAGGUGUUCAACUACAGUCGCAUCUACGGAGCCGGCAUCAAGCACGCCACGCAGCUGUUGCUCAAGGCCAACCCGUCGAUGGUCACCGACGAGGCGACCAAGCUGGCCAAGGAGCUCUACGCGGCGACCAAGGGCCAAAACACGCACACCGACGAGCUCUUCGACCGCAAGUUCUGGUUCGGCGGCACCGAGAGCUACGUCUUCAACAAACUCGAGAGCAUCGCGCUGAGCGAUCGGCCGCAGACGCCGGCGCUCGACUGCGGCGUCACCAACGCCCUCACCAAAAAGUACCUCGGCAAGGUCGACUUUGGCAACGGGCGGCUGUCGGAGGAGUACAUGCCGAGCCGCAUCAACUGGGUCGUCCAGUCGAGCGGCGUCGACUACCUCCACCUCCUCAUCACGUCGAUGGAGUGGCUCUGCCGCCGCUACAGCAUCGAUGCGAGGUUCAUGCUCAGCGUUCACGAUGAGGUGCGCUACCUCGCCCGCGACCACGAUCGCUACCGGGCCGCCAUGGCGCUGCAGAUCGCCAACCUCUGGACGCGCUCGAUGUUUGCCUUUAAGCUGCAGAUGGACGACCUGCCGCUGGGCUGCGCCUUUUUCACCGCCGUCGACGUCGACAAAGUGCUGAGGAAGGAGGCCGACGACCCCUGCGUCACGCCCAGCCAUCCCGAACCGCUGCCGAGCGGCGAGGCGCUCGAGAUCCAGCAAAUCCUCGAUGCCACCAACAACGGAUCGCUCUACCUGGACGGCCGCACCAUGGACAACCGCGUACCCGCCGUCGCAUCCGUCGCCCUGGAUGCCGUCGAGGGUCGUUCGCAGUUCCUGCAGCCCGACUUUCCGGCCUACGUCCCCUCGACGCAGAUGCACCGGUCGACGGGUCAGCGCGGUCUCAACUAUCUCCAGGCGCAGGCCUCCAAGGAGAUUGCCGAGAUCCGCGCGCUGGAGCAGAGGGCCAAGGUCUCGUCGUCCGCGGCGGCACCGGGGCCGAGCAAGCCGAGAGCAACCCGCCGCACGACGGCCGCCAAGGGCACUUCGCGGCUGAGCGAGGACGAUUGGGUGCAGAGCUGCGCCGAUGAGGCCUCCGCGACUGCCGCUCGGCCGAGUAAGCCCCGCGCGAAACGGGCAUCUGCAACGGCGUCAACCGCCAAGUCGAGCGGUAAGGCGGCCGCCGCGGUCGGUAACGGCCAGCGCCGGGGCUUCAGCACGCGGAGCGCUGGCCCUGGGUCGCCGAGCACCCUUGAUCUGGACUCGCUCUUCCCGAAUCGGCCCUCUCGCCCCAAGCUGCCAUUCUAUCGGACCUUCGAGCACCGUAGGCGGAUCCUCUACGGCCUCUACCGGCCGCUUCUGCGCAGCUGUCCCAAGGGUCUCGACGCUCUGCGCGGCUGGGUUCGCUACAGCGUGCGGAAGAGAAAGUCGCUGACCUCGGCGCGCCUGGUCGAUGAGCUCUUCGAGGAAGGGUGCCAGCUCGUCGAGACAUUUCGGCAGGCGGGCCGAGGCGACGCCAAGGCCAUGCGCGCGCUCAAGCAGAAGGAUCUGCGCAUCCGGCGGCGGCUGCAUCGUCUUAGCUGGCGGAGCUUUUGGGCCAAGAAGCUGCACGAGCUCAGGUACCCUCGGCGGAUCCCGCACCACUCGGGUGCGCUGCUGCCGCCGACGAUCUCUAACCGACCGCUGCCGAGGUACAAGCCGGUGCAGCCCGUGGCGAUCAGCAUGAUGAUCUUCAAGCGCCGCCUGGCACGGCUGCGGCGCGCGGAAAAGCUGGCCGAGGUCGACGAGCUGCAGGCCGCACAGCACGGCGACGCUGCGAUGCUCCGCGACGUCCUCGACAGCGAGCAGCUCUCGUCGUGGACCGGCUUUCACGAGACGCUGUCGGAGCAGCGCGAGGAGCUGCGCAGAUCGUUUGCGCUCGACCACGCGCGAGCGCAGAUGGUGUUUGACCGCAAGACGCUCGUGAUGGCGAAACGGGCGCGUAUCGCCAAAAAGAGAGCACACCUUCGAGCCAAGCACCAAGCUGUCCAGCGCAAGCGUGCGAGCGAGGAGAGCCAACUGCCGACGAGCAAGAAGCGCCAGCUCCGACCGCGCCCCACACUCACUUCUUUGUCGUCGUGGGAGCGGCUGGCCGAGCUGUAG